AUGCGCAGGGAGGCAUUGGCAGCUAAGGAUGCGGCGGAGGCAGUCCCCGAGCUCGGCAUGGUGGACGACGUGGUGCGUGCCUUCUCCGAGCACAUCGGCCGCAGCAGCGUGGACUACACCAAGUUUCAGAAUCUCCAGCGCGUCUACUGCCAGACGAAUCUGGAGGCGCAGGGCAUAAACGACGUGCGCUGGCUCUCCCGUGGCGAGGCGAUCCAGCGGUUCCUUGACGUUCUGCCUGCCGCCAUUGUCGUGCUGAAGGACUACAAGAAGGACUUGUACGAGGUAGUCACCUCGUUCAAGUUCCACUUGCUCAUCCGCUUCCUCGUGGAUGUGCUCUGGGAGCUCAACCAGCUCAAUCUGCGCUUUCAGCAACGUCAGACGCGCUACUUCGACAGGUCCCCUGGUCACUUUUUUGGCAGCGGAGAGAAGAUGCAGCUGCCUGACUUCAUCAAGGCUCACCAGAAGAUGGAUAAGCGACAGAUGAAAGCGGAAGGCGUGGACGCGGACGGCAACGCCGUCUCCUUCGAAUUCACCCUGCACGAACGCCCCCUGCCAGGCCAUGAGACAGACGGUGAUGUAACCGCGUGCUUCGAGCUUUCGCUCAAGUUCAUCCGCAAAGUGGACGCGGAGCUGGAGUGGCGCAUGCGCGACCUCAACCUCCUCGAAGGCGCCAAGCUGUUUCGUACGGCGUCGUAUGUGGCCGACGACACCCAGCGGCUGGAGUCCUUCAGGAAGUGGCUUGGCCAGCUCCACAAGCUGUACAACCACAAGCUGCCUGGUAAGCGUGUUUGUUAG